CUGGUGUUGACAUCAUCAACCACACAUGGUAUGAGGCGCCUCUCAGCACUGCUCUGUCUCACUCGAGCUCUAUCCUCCACGCACCUCAUCACAGCCUCCUCCAAGAUGCCCUUCUAUGCUGUUGCUAGGGGGCAUAAACCAGGCAUCUAUGAGAAAUGGUCUGAUUGUCAAGAACAAAUUCAGGGUUAUCGCUGUGCUCGAUACAAAAAGUUUGCUACCAUGGAUGAAGCAAAGGAAUUUGUCCAAGAAAAUUCUCUUACAAACCCAAUUGUAGAUCGUCGGGAAAAAGCAGCAUCAGACGCUGAGACAGAGAGUGCAGUAAAAGAUGCUCCACAAAAGAGCACAGAAGAUACUAGUCCUGACAAGAGGAAGCGAGAUGAUGACGAUAAUUCAUCUGAGGAAUCUAGUGAAAAGACCGUGAAAAAGCUGAACACGGGUGAUUCUGCUGAAGACAAGACCAAAUUUUCCACUGACAGCAAUGGAUUUCUCAUCGUUUAUACUGAUGGUGCAUGUGAAUUUAAUGGAAGAAAUGGUGCCAGAGCUGGCAUUGGUGUAUACUUUGGACCAGACCAUCCUCUUAAUGUGAGUGAGCCAGUGAAGGGAAAAGCUACAAAUAAUACAGCAGAAAUUCAGGCUGCUACAUAUGCUUUGGAGUUGACAAAAGCUUCAGGAUUCAGCAAAGUGGCAGUGCACACAGAUUCUCAGUUCAUGAUUAACUGUAUGACUUCCUGGCUUAAGAACUGGAAGAAAAAGAACUGGGUGAAGAGCGAUGGAGAGCCAGUGAAGAACAAGGAAGACCUCAUCACUUUAGAUGCAGCCAGUGAAGGAUUAGCUGUAAAGUGGGUGCAUGUAAAAGGCCAUGAUGGCCUUGAAGGUAAUGAAAUGGCUGACAAACUGGCAAGACAAGGCGCCAAGCUGUACAAGGCUGAUCCUUGACUUCCAUACACUACUACCAGAUUUAAUUACCUAUUACUAAUGACUAUAUUUAGUUCAAAGUACUGCACCUUCUGGGACCUGUACACUUUUUUUUUUUUUUUUUUUUUUUUUUUUGCAUAGUUUCUUACCAAGAAAAGGAGAUGGAAAACAUAUUCACCAUCACUAAAUUUCUAAAUAUUUUCCAGAAAAACAGAAAUCACAGUAUAUAAUUUGCUCUUUGUUUGUGCAUAAUUUUAUGAACGGUUAGGGUCAGGUAAAUGUAAAUACUGUAUUGUAUGUUUAUGUAUUUGUACUUAUUCUAUCACUGUUGAUUGUAAAUUAUCUAUUUUAUUAUUUUUUCCCUAAGGAUAGGAUAGAUUCCCCAGAUAUAUACUAGGCUGGGGAUCAUUAAUCUAAUUUUGUUUCCAGUGAAUGACUAAGAAAUAAAAACAUUUUUAAUGUA